GGUUGGAGGCUCAUAAGGAAAAUAAACGAAAGCCUUCAAAGAAAGGAAUGCAAGCGUGCGGCCAAAAAACUUGUGACUUUUCUCUCCCUCACGACUCAACAACCGUCGGAAAAUAUCAGAGGGCUGAUCACAGGCAAUCUUGCCAAAGUCCCAAAGAUGUCUUUUGCAGGUGCUAGAGCGAUCAGUGCACCAAGAAAACUGCAGACCAAACUAAGUACUUGGACUCCACUGAACCACCAGCUCUCCAACAGCAAUAUUUUUGAAGAAAGAAGGCUUCUUCUCAGGAAAUGGUUUGAUAAGUGGACCGACGGGCAGCGUAAGCUGGUGCUGCAAGACUUCCUGUCCAGGUCCUCUCCAGCCCAGUUGAGGCAGCUGAAGGAGACCCUGGGCAGCCUGGUUCCAGAGCAGGUCCUGGACUUCACCGUCAUCCUGCCCAGGGUGGUGUCGCUGUACAUCUUCUCCUUUCUGGACCCCAGGAGUCUCUGCAGAUGUGCUCAGGUUAGCUGGCACUGGAAGAGUAUCGUAGAGCUGGACCAGGUAUGGAUGCCCAAAUGUCUCCGACUGGAUUGGUGCAUCGACUUUACCCCCACACCAUUUGAACAAGGUGUGUGGAAGCGCCACUACAUAGAGACAGUAAAGGACCUUCAUGUCAGCAAACCUAAGACUCCAGUCAAGGAUGAGUUUGUUGUGCCCGACGUGAGGGCGAUCGGUCAGGAAGAGGAGGAACCCCCUUUGUCUGAUGACAAACCCAGAGAAACGCGUUGCAGAAGAGGUGUGGCUGGGCAUAGCUCAGCAGUUGGGACUCUGACAGGACUUCCACCAUGGAGGCAUGCUGACAGACACCCCACGGACACCAUACGCUUCAACUACCUGGAGAACCCAGACCCUAUCGAACAGGCGCGGCUAGCACGGGCGAAAGGGAAGAGGGUUCAUCUGAGCAUGGCGCGACAAGACAGCGGCAACACCAAGAAGAAAGCGCUCUCCGCCUCUGCUUACAGACUACGCAAGGCAAAGUCCCUGAUGUUCCUGUCCCUGGAUCUGCAGUCUCGGGAGAAGAGGAGGCCAGACUGGGCUGUCCGGAGCGCUGACCAAUACCCUGUUGACAAGGACACAGCGGAGCAGCUGGCACACAGUGCCCAAUGGAAUGCUGGGAUACGUCCAGCCCCAGCGUACCCUCCGGUGCCCCGGCUCAGUGCUGAAGGACUCAGGGCCUCCUUGAGAUCCCAGAGGAGCUCACCUAUGGUGCCACUGUUUGAGGAACGUCCGUGGAGGAUACCUUCAAGCCGGGACUCACAAGAAGGCUGAACAAUAUCGCCACCAUCUGGAUAAUUUUUGACCUGCAAUGGGAUCCGAUAUGGAACAGGAUCCAUUAAACUGGGAAAUGGGUGGACUGAAGUAGGAUAGAUUAUCAGAAUCUAUGAAGUACUUAUUACAUGUUUAACUUAAACCAUGAGACACUUUUGUUCUAAAAAAUAGGCUCUGUAGCCUACUUGCAAAACUAUUCUACCAACAGCAGCGAAAUACAUCCUUCAUUUUUUAAAUAUAAUUAUGCAACCAAAUACUCAGAAAUAACACAGGCUACUUGAUAUGCAAUUAAAAAUCAGCUGUUCGUCCGAAAUGAUCGGUAAAC